AUGGCGGAAAAUCCGCAAAGAAUACGAGAAUUGCUUUUGGAUCGCUAUUCCAGGACUAUCCAAGAAAUAUGUAGAAUACUGAGGCAAUCGAGUGCCAUGGAUUGCGAUGUGAGAGACAGUGUAAUAUUUAGGCUGGAUUCUUUACGUCAUCUCGUUGUUCGAUGCGUAGACGUAGCUAAUGUUCCGCGAGAAGUAAUCCUGAACUUGCAGAGAGUUGUGUCAAUUUUGUCGAACGACUUCCAAGACAGCCAUCUACAUGUGGACCAGGAUAGAUACCAGGCAGGCCGGAUUUUCACACAGGACAGAGGAAGACCUUCUUACAACAUACCCAGGGAACAACUGGAAUUAUUCAUUGAACAUGGUUUCAAUACUUCAGAUAUGGCCACUAUGUUAGGUGUAAGUGUUAGAACAGUCCAAAGGCGACUAUCAGAAUACAGCCUUUCAAUCACUGACAGAUAUGCUGAUAUUUCGAAUGAAGCUCUAGAUAACCAUGUCAUGGAAGUCUUCCAAAUGUUCCCAAAUUGUGGUUACCGUAGAAUGCUUGCGUUCCUCGAAACAAAAGGGCUACGUGUACAAGAGAAGAGAGUUCGAGAAUCUAUGCACAGAGUUGAUCCCGAAGGAGUACUUCUUGAGGACACUAGAGCUCCAAACAACACACAGACGGGGAUAUAA